AUGGUACGGACACCGUGGUGGCGGUCGCUGCAGGGCGAAGACGGCGCACUGAGCCCCAAGGAGGGCAGCCAGCUCAGCCUUGGAACAUGUCCUUGCGAAACUCGCUUCUCCCUCGACGACUCGGUCUUCUUCUCUUCGCAGUGCCGGCGAUACGAUUACCGGCCCACUACCGAUCCGAUGCCGCAACCUCUUAAUUCGAAAGAGGCUUCCCUCUUUCGCGCCGUCAUCCGCGCCUAUGAGGACAAGCAGUACAAGCGCGGUCUCAAGUCCGCCGACCUCAUCCUCAAGAAGAACCCCAAACAUGGCGACACAAUGGCCAUGAAGGCCCUGAUCAUGAAUGCGCAGGGUAAGACAGAGGAGGCUUUUGCUCUGGGCAAGGAGGCUUUGACGGUGGACAUGAAGUCGCACAUCUGCUGGCACGUCUACGGUCUGCUGUACCGCGCCAACAAGAACUUCGAGGAGGCUAUCAAGGCGUACAAGUUCGCUCUGAAGCUCGAGCCCGAGUCAACGCAGAUCCAGCGCGAUCUUGCCAUUCUUCAGGUGCAGAUGCGCGAUUAUGCCGGAUACAUCUCAAGCCGCACUGCCAUGCUGCAGGCCCGUCCCCAGCUGCGCCAGAGCUGGACUGCGCUGGCUAUCGCUCACCACUUGUCAGGUGACCUGUCCGCCGCCGAGAACGUCCUUACCACCUACGAGGGAACGCUCAAGUCCACGCCCUCCCGUAGCGACUACGAGAACUCCGAAGCCGUCAUGUACAAGAACACCAUCAUUGCCGAGCAGGGCGACUACCAGAGAGCCCUCGAGCAUCUUGAGAGUGCCGCUAAGCAUAACCUUGAUAGGCUCGAGUAUUUGGAGCUGCGCGCCAAGUACCUGGUCAAGCUGGGCAAGAAGGAGGAGGCUAUUGCCGCAUGGCAGGCUCUUGUUGAGCGCAACGCUGACCGUCCUGCUUACUUUGAGGGUCUGGAAAGCGCCCACGCCUUUUCUGACGGUGAUGCGGCUGCUAGGAAGGAGAUUUACGAGAAGUACGCCAAGAAGUUCCCCCGCUCAGAUGCUCCUCGCCGCCUACCCCUGAACUUCUUGUCUGGUGACGACUUCAGUGCUGUGGCAAAGGAGUACUUGACGCUCAUGUUCAACAAGGGUGUUCCGUCGACUUUCGCUAACCUGAAGCACUUGUACUCCGACUCUGCCAAGAAGGAGGCCCUCGAAGCCCUCGCCCAGGACUACCUCAAGUCGAGCUCAAACACGGAAGCAGCCAACGGCGAUCGCUCAAAGGGAGAAGCCGCAGCUCUGUACUUCCUUGCCCAACACUAUAAUUACCACCUCAGCCGCGAUCUCACGAAGGCUCACGAGUACGUCGACAAGGCUAUCGAGAAGGUCCCCGACAGCGUCGACUUCACCAUGACCAAGGCUAGGAUAUGGAAGCACCAGGGCAACCUCCAAAAGGCAUCUGAGACUAUGGACAAGGCACGCACUUUGGAUACCCGCGAUCGUUACAUCAACACCAAGGCAGCCAAGUAUCAGCUGCGCAAUAACGAGACUGAGCAGGCGUUGAAGACUGUGGGCCUCUUUACUAGGGCGGACACCGUCGGUGGCCCUCUCGCGGAUCUCCUGGAUAUGCAAUGCGUCUGGUUCCUUACCGAGGAUGGUGAGGCGUAUGCUCGCCAGGGUGAUGAUGCCUUGGCCCUCAAGCGCUUCCACACGGUUCACAACAUCUUCGACGUCUGGCAAGAAGACCAGUUCGAUUUCCACAGCUUUUCCCUGAGAAAGGGCCAGAUUCGUGCCUACGUAGAUAUGGUCCGUUGGGAGGACCACCUUAGAGACCACCCCUUCUACUCACGAGCCGCUUUGGACGCCGUCGCCAUUUACCUCAGGAGGGCUGACCGCCCCGCAGCGAACGGCGUCAACGGUGACGCAAACGGCGACGAUGCCUCUGAGAGAAAGAAGGCUGCGAAGAAGGCCAAGAAGGAGCAACAGCGCCUGGAGAGGGAGGCGGCCGAUCGUGCGGCGAAGCAAGAUCCCAACAAGGGCAAGCCUGCCAGCGAAGAGCCCAAGAAGAAGGACGAGGAUCCUCUCGGUCUGAAGCUGUUGGAGGCCGAGCCCCUCAGCGCGGCGAUGCGAUUCGUCACCCCUCUUCUGCAAUUCAGCCCGCAAAACAUCAACGCCCAAUUCGCCGGUUUCGAUGUUUAUCUGCGCCGAAAGAAGUACGUUCUUGCGCUGCGUUCUCUCAACGCCGCCCGCGAACUUGAUGCUUCGCACCCCGGUGUCCACGAGCGCGUUGUCGAGUUUGCUCACGUUGUACGCCCGGCACUCGAGAGCUUGCCCGCAAAGGUGCAAGAACUAAUCAAGUCCGAGUUCACUCCCCCUGCCGGUGACUUGAAGAAGUACAACGAAGAGUUCCUCUCGGACAACAAGGUCAAGCCCACUCACAUCGUCGCGGCCCUGAAGACACGGAGAGUGCUUGGAGAGGACAGCGCCAAGGCCGAGGCCGACCUUGCGAACGUCGUCAAGGCUCCCGAUGCCACCUUUGAGCUUGCCACUGAGGUGUACAACCUCUUGAAGGCGUGGAGGAGCACUGAGGCGGAGACACUCAAGAAGGAAGCGCACGCGAGGUGGCCUGAAGUAAGCCUCUUUGCCUAG